UUUUCUAUAAUUCUUUUUUUUUGAAAUUAUUUUUUCGAAUUUUUUAUUUAUUUUUUUUCCAAAUUUCUUUUUGAAAAACGAAAAUUAUGUUUGAAACUAUUUUUUAAAAUUUUUUAUAUAUCUUUUAGGUAUUUAUUUAUAUAUUUAUUAGAAUCCUAAAUUCCACAUUCCAAAAACCCUACCCCACCCCUCAACUCUAAACCCUAAGUCUAGAUUAGUUAAGUUUAAGGAUAUAAUUAUCCUUUACUUUUCAUUAAAAAUGAGGAUAAAAGUAGUUAGUGUAAACAUGAAAAGUGGUACUAUGAAUGUGUUAUUUGCGGCAAUUUUCCAAUUUCAAGCUAGAAAGUAUAUAACAUGAAUUAUCAUAGAUUACUCUACGUCUUGUUACAAUAGAAAUAUAAGAAAUUUGAAAACCUAUUUAAAAAUGUACACUUGACACACUUCGUUCCAAACUCUUAAUGUAGAUCGCCAGCUCAAUAUACCCUAGGGGAAGGCUAACCACAUGGUCGGCACACUAAUUAACAUAUUCUUCUUCAUUUUGGUUUUACAUACAUACAAUUAUUAUAACCCUAAGUUGUAAUUUAAUAGUCAAACUAAUUCAAUCUUGCAACUCAUGUCAUUCUUUACUCGAAAGAAUCGCAGAUUAACCCUAUAAAUACCCACUUACACACUCUUGAUUUCUUCACCAAUCUUAAACAAUACUCCUAUCUUCUUUCAGAACAAGCAAAAUGGCUCUUAAAAACUCUCUUGCCAUCUUCCUUGCCUUUAACAUUCUCUUCUUCGCCCUAACCGAAGCCGCCCGCUACGGUUGUCCACCAUCAUCUUACAAACCCAAGCCUGGCCCAACCACUCCUGCCAUCGAGACAUGCCCGAAAGAUACCGUAAAGCUUGGUGUUUGUGUUAACGCGCUUAACUUGUUGAAUGCGACAUUAGGUGCUCCUCCGGUAAAGCCAUGUUGCAGCCUCAUUGACGGUUUGGUCGAUCUUGAGGCUGCCGUUUGUCUUUGCACCGCGCUUAAAGCUAGCAUUCUCGGCAUUAACAUUAACCUUCCAAUCAACCUUAGCUUGCUCCUCAACGUUUGCAAUAGAAAGGCUCCACGUGGCUUCCAAUGCCCUUAAUUUUUAAAUGUCACAUAUAAUUAUGGCUAAAUCCUUAAUUAAUGGCCAUGCAUGAAAUGUGAUCGAACUUUAAUUUGUGUUCCUUGUGUUUUUUUUUUUUUCAUGUUUUAUAUUUGAAUUUGUGCAUGGGGGUGAGUAAGAUUGUCACCAUCUAAGAGAUGAGUUUGUAUUGUAAUUUAUUUCAUUUGUUUUGAUGAAUAAGAAUGGUUUUCAGUGUGACGUAA